AUGAGCAGAACACAAUUCGAAGAAUUACUUGUACUAAUUGCACCAAAAAUUAAAAAGGAUUCAGUAAUUCGAGUACCAAUUGAACCUGCGCAACGUCUAUUACUUACAUUAAGAUACUUAGCAUCUGGAGACUCUAUGAUGUCGCUGAAAUAUCAAUACUAUAUUGCUCAACCAACAAUUUCAACAAUAGUUGCAGAAACUUGUAAUGCAUUAUGGACCAUUUUAAUGCCUACGGUACUUAAAGUACCUUUGUGUGAUGAUUGGAAAAGAAUUGCUGAAGCAUUUGAAAUAAAGUGUAACUUUCCACACUGUUUGGGUGCUAUAGAUGGAAAGCAUGUAGUUAUACAGGCACCACCAAACUCUGGUUCUACGUAUUACAAUUAUAAAAGUGCACAUAGCAUUGUAUUAAUGGCUAUUUGUGACAGUGAUUAUAAAUUUAUCUUAGUUGAUAUUGGUGCAGAGGGACGACAGAGUGAUGGAGGUAUAUGGUCGCGAUCUAUUAUGGGUCAUGCUUUUUCAAGAGGUGACAUGGAUAUACCACCUCCAAAUAGUGUCUCUGAAGAAUUAAUUCUUCUAUAU